AGAGAUCGAAGAGGAACAGAGCAACUCGACCAUCUUCCUAAGUUAAUCAUACAAUUUAACUAAGGAGUUUGUUUGUUCGUUUGUUAGAUCUGUUUCUUGUUGUUACUUCUUAUCUUUACGCAAGUAUUCUGCUCUCUCCAUAGAAAUCUUGCCCAAGUUUAAGCGACUAUGAAACGACUGCGGGAUGACGAUGAUGAUGAUUAUGAUUAUGAUGAUGAGGAUUUUCAUAUUAAUAACUCGCAACUUAAGCGCUCGUCUGGUUCUUCUCGUGGAGAAUCUUAUGGACAGCCUCAGAUAUCUUUAGAUGGUGGUGGUGGUGGAGGAGAUAUUGUAGUGGAUGGAGGGAAUGUAGGAGCUUCUAAAGGUACGCAGAAGCUCACAACGACUGAUGCCUUAACCUAUAUCCAACAAGUCAAAGAAAUGUUUGAGGACCAUAGCAAAUAUGACAUGUUUCUUGCUCUCAUGAAAGGAUUCAAGGCUCAAACAAUUGAAACAGAGGGUGUCAUAGAGAAGGUGAAAGAGUUGUUCAAAGGGCACAACAAUCUGAUUUUUGGGUUCAAUGCAUUUUUACCGAAAGAUUAUCAUAUUACUGUAAUCGACGAGGAAGAGACGCCACCAAAGAGAACUGCUGAAUUUGAAGAAACGAUCAAGUUUGUGAUCAAGCUAAAGAAACGCUUCCAAAAUGAUGAUCAAGUAUAUAAAUCAUUUCUGGACAUUUUGAAUAUGUACAGAAAAGGUCAUAAAGACGUCACUGAGCUCUAUCAAGAGGUGGCCAUACUUUUCGGACGGCACCAAGAUUUGGUUGAGGAGUUCAUCAGAUUUUUACCUUAUACUUCAGCAUCACAAGUCCCUUCAGGGCAACAUUCUUUUCAACUCGAUGAUCGCAACUUUGCAAUGACUGCAACACAUCAGGCACCUAUAGACAAGAAACGUCGAAGGGGCAGACCAACUACUUUAGUUACAGAUCAUGAUCAAAGCCAUGAACCCAUUGAUAGUGAAAAAGAUAAAACAAUAAUAAAAAUGCAAAAGGACCUGAAAAAACACGCUGAAAAGGACAGCAAGGAGAGAAGAACACAUGAUCGGAAGGAUAGGGAACCUGAAACUGACAGUAAUAGGGAAUUCAAUAUGCAACGAGUUCAUGAAAAUCGAAAGUCUAAUCCGAAGAUUGAAGACUUCCGAAUGAAUCCUCUUGUCACCUCAUGCAAUGAUAAAAAAUCUAGAAGAAGUGUUUACAAGGAAGAGUUCAUUUUCUGUGAGAAUGUCAAGGAAAGGUUGGGUAGUUUUGAUGAUUAUCAAGCAUUUUUGAAGUUUCUUCAUAUUUAUAGCUCAGAAAUAAUUACCAGAAAGGAAUUGCAAGGUUUGGUAUCUGAUCUACUUGGAAAGUAUCCAGAUCUUAUGGACGGGUUCAAUGAAUUUUUGGAACAUUGUGAAAAUAUUGAUGAAUUUCUGGCUGGUUUUAUGAAUAAAAAAUCUUUGUGGAGUGAUGGGAAUGGAUGCAACCCCGUGAAGAAAAAAGUUCAUAAAAAUGAAAUGGAGCCAAAAGAGAAAGAUAAAUGUAAGGAAAAGUAUAUGGGGAAGUCCAUUCAAGAACUUGAUCUGUCUGAUUGCCAAAGAUGUACACCAAGUUACAGGCUACUACCUGAUGAUUAUCCAAUACCAAUAGCAAGUCAGAGAUCGGAACUUGGGACAAAAGUUUUGAACAAUCGCUGGGUUUCUGUAACUUCAGGCAGUGAGGAUUACUCAGUUAAACACAUCCGCAGGAAUACGUAUGAAGAAAAUCUUUUUAGAUGCGAAGAUGACAGGUUUGAGCUUGAUAUGUUACUGGAAUCUGUGCGUGCAACUGCUAAGCGGGCAGAAGAACUAUUGAACAGACUUAAUAACAACACUGUCACUCCAGAUAGUCCAAUCCGUAUUGAAGACCAUUUCACAGUUCUCGACUUUAGAUGCAUUGAACGCCUGUAUGGUGAUCAUGGUUUGGAUGUAUUGGAGAUCUUAAAGAAGAAUCCUUGUGUUGCAUUGCCUGUUUUACUAACUCGCCUUAAGCAGAAGCAAGAGGAAUGGACACAGUGUCGAACAGAUUUUAACAAGGUUUGGGCUGAAAUAUAUAGGGAGAAUCACUGCAAAUCGCUUGAUCAUCGUAGUUUCUACUUCAAGCAACAAGAUUCAAAGAACUUGAGUAUAAAAUCCUUGGUUACCCAGAUCAAAGAAAUUAAAGAGAAAACACAUAGGGUUGAUGACGGAUCUUUCUCUCUCAUGGCCAGAAAUAGAUAUCUAAUAAUUCCAAAUCUAGAUUAUGAGUAUGUUGAUGCUGGAAUUCACGAGGACAUGUAUAAACUGGUAAAGUAUUCAAGCAAAGAAGUUUGCUCUACAAAAGAACAAUUUAAUAAAAUUAUGAAGCUGUGGACCAGCUUCUUGGAGCCAAUGCUGGGAGUUUCUUCUAGGUCACAUGGAAUAGAGGGUACCAAUGAUGAUGUUAAGUCAAGGCAACCUGGUCCUGGUGCAUCUGCGUUUGCAACCAAUGAUGAUAUUCUUGAAAGCAAUCAUGAAGGGAAAUCAGAUGAUAAUGAGGAUGGCAACAAUUCGAGAGAACCUCAACUGGAGGAUGGAGAGUUAUCUGAAACCAAUAAUGUUAUUAUUGGUAGACAUCUAGAGGAAACAGAAAAAGAAGAGGGUGAGCUGUCUCCAAAUGAAGAGGAGGAAGGAGAGCAUGAUCACAAGGGUGAGAGUGAAUGUGAAGUCAAGGAAACGCCAGCUGUCCACUUUGGUGGGACAAACUAUAUUUCACAACCUAUGACGGAUUCUUUUUUGCAAACUGCAAAGCCAUUGGCAAAGCAUGUGAGUUCAAUGUUACCUAAGAAUGAGAAAAAAGAUUCUCGGGUUUUCUAUGGAGACGAUACUUUCUAUGUUCUUUUUAGGCUUCAUCAGAUAUUGUACGAAAGGUUACUAUCGGCAAAGCUGAAUUCAAAGGCUGCUGAAACUAAGUUGAAGACUGUGAAUGAUGGUAGCCCCCCUGAUUUGUAUAGCAGAUUUAUGAGCGUCCUUUAUAAUUUACUUGAAGGGUCUAUUGAUAAUGCUAAAUUUGAGGAUGAUUGUCGGUCUAUUAUAGGAAAUCAGUCCUAUGUUCUGUUAACCUUGGACAAAUUGAUUUGCAAGAUAGUGAAACAGCUGCAAACAGCUACAACUGAUGAAACCGAUGACCAGCUGCUUCAAUUGCAUGAGUAUGAAAAAUCUCGGAAGCAAAGCCAUAGUGCUGAUUCUGUAUAUUACGACAAUGUAUCUGUAAUGCUCAAGAAUGAGAACAUAUACCGAUUGGAAAGUUCUUCUGCAGGAGCACGUUUAUCCAUUCAGCUGAUGGAUGAUGGAAGCGAUAAACCUAAUGCAGUUGCAAUCUCAAUGCAUCCUAAUUUUAAUAACUAUUUGCACAAUAAUUUUCUGUCUAUUGAUUCUUCCAAAAAGGAACCAGCCGGCGUCUAUCUUCAGAGAAAUAAGCGCAAAAUUGCCGGAAUGUACGACACUUCCAAUGCACACAAGGUUAUGGAAGGUGUCACUGUCUUGAAUCGGUUGGAAUAUAAAAUGUCUUGCAGGUCAUCCAAGGUAUCAUAUGUGUGGGGCACAGAAGAUUUCUUCAUCCGCAUGAAACGGGGGAGGCGUGGUUAUCGUCGAGCAAAAGUUAAGAAAGUAUAAAGUAUUCAUUCAUUCAUAUUUGCACAGCUAAGGUAAGCUUUCAUAGGGGAAUGAUAUCGUCGGCCCAAAUAUUAAGCAUGAGGUGCCGUCAUUAUGCUGAAUCUGUAAAUAAUUUUUUUAUCAAUUGAACUUUUGUAGAGUUUUAGGUUAUUUUACAAACAUGGUAUUGUGAUUGAAAAUUUAACUAUAGUUUCAAUUACAAUUUUAUUAAUGA